AUGAAUGGUUUCUCCAACACCUGGGGCACCAUCACACUGAAGCCAAACUCCUUUGUGGCUCACGUCUGUGGCUUUGCCCAGGAGUUCAUGACCAAAGUGGGACAUAAAGCUAGAGAACGCCUGGAUGCAAACCUUAUCUCUGUGGUGCCUGAGAAGAGCUUUGAGGGGCUGCUCUCCUUGCGUCACCUGUGGCUGGAUGAUAAUGCCCUGACGGAGAUCCCUGUCCGAGCUCUGAACCACCUGCCAGCACUUCAAGCCAUGACCCUGGCUCUCAACCAGAUCUGGCAGAUCCCCGAUUACGCCUUCCAGAACCUCAGCAGCCUCGUGGUGCUGCACCUGCACAACAACCGGAUCCAAAGCCUGGGAGCCAACGGCUUUGAUGGGCUACACAGCUUGGAAACCCUGGAUCUAAACUACAAUGAGCUGCUGGAGUUUCCUGGGGCUAUCAGGACGCUGGGCAGACUGCAGGAGCUCGGUUUUCAUAACAACAACAUCAAAGCUAUUCCAGAGAACGCAUUUGUUGGGAAUCCCCUCCUCCAAACAAUCCAUUUCUAUGACAAUCCCAUCCAGUUUGUUGGACAGUCUGCUUUCCAGUACUUGCCAAAGCUCCACACUCUGUCACUCAAUGGUGCAACAGACAUCAGAGAAUUCCCAGAUCUCAAAGGCACCACCAGCCUAGAAGUUUUGACUUUGACCCGGGCAGGCAUCCAUUUACUCCCCAGAGGGAUGUGCCAGCAGCUGCCCAGCCUCCGAGUCCUAGAACUGUCACACAACCAAAUUGAAGAUCUGCCCAGUUUCCAUCAAUGUCAGCGGCUGGAGGAGCUUGGUCUCCAGCACAACAGGAUCCAUGAAAUCAGAGCAGACACCUUUGUGCAGCUGGUGGCCCUGCGCUCCAUAGACCUGAGCUGGAAUUACAUCCAGUUUAUUCACCCUGAAGCCUUUGUGACCCUGCACUCGCUCACCAAGCUGGACUUGACUGACAACCAGCUGGUCACACUGCCACUGGAUGGUUUGGGUGGUCUGACCCAUCUGAAGCUCCAAGGCAACCCAUCUCUCUCUGAGCCCUUCAACAAGGAGAGCUUCCCCAAAAUGAGAGUCCUCGAGGUACCUUAUGCCUACCAGUGCUGUGCCUACGGAAGCUGCAGCAGCUUCUUCAAGAUGUCCAACCAAUGGGAGUCAGAAGACAUGAGCCCUGAGGAGGAUGAUCCCAAGAGGACCAUGGAAUUAUUUCCAGGUCAUGCUGAUAAUCACU